UUUAAUACGGCUUUUUUAUUUUUGGAGCUUGACAUUCAGUUGCCUUAUGGGCGCUGUGUUGUUGAAGGCAGCAGAGCCGUCGUGCUGUAUCUCUCGCGGUAUAUGACUGAAGAAAGGCUGACCGCUGACUUCAACAGGAGGACUAAUAGCGAUUCUAACAGGAGCCCAGUUUUCUUCCAGGCGAGUCUAUAAUAAUGACCAAAGAAGAUGAAAUUCCUGACUGGGCCGGAGCACAGGACUUCUAUGAGAAGUAUGAUCCAAAGGAGAUCCUUGGAAGAGGGGUGAGCAGCGUGGUUCGACGCUGCAUCCACAAGCGCAGCACUCAGGAAUAUGCAGUCAAGAUCAUAGACAUCACGCCAUCAGAUAAGAUGAGCCCUGAGGAGAUCGAGGAGAUCAGAAAUGCCACAAUAAAAGAGGUAGACAUCCUCAAGAAGGUGUGUGGACAAGAAAAUAUCAUUCAGCUGAAGGAUUCCUUUGAAACCAAAGCUUUCUUCUUCUUAGUGUUCGACUUGAUGAAGAAAGGAGAGCUUUUUGAUUACCUGACCGAGAAGGUUACACUCAGUGAAAAAGAGACAAGGAAGAUUAUGCGGUCACUGUUCGAGGUGGUUCAGUUCCUUCACUCUCAAAACAUCGUGCACAGAGAUCUGAAGCCAGAAAACAUCCUUCUAGAUGACAAUAUGAACAUCAAACUCACUGAUUUUGGCUUUGCUGUGCAGAUUGCACCAGGACAAAAACUUAACGAGGUAUGUGGGACCCCAGGCUAUCUAGCCCCAGAGAUUAUCGAAUGCUCAAUGGAUCCUCACCACCAGGGUUACGGGACCGCCGUUGAUCUCUGGAGCGCAGGGGUGAUCAUGUACACCCUUCUUGCAGGUUCUCCUCCUUUCUGGCACAGGAAGCAGAUGCUAAUGCUGCGCAUGAUCCUGGCGGGAAGCUACCAGUUCACCUCUCCGGAGUGGGACGACCGUUCAGACACCGUCAAAGACCUGAUCUCCAGGUUGUUGGUGGUGAAUCCUGAGGCACGUUACUCUGCCAAAGAUGCCUUAAACCACCCUUUCUUCCAGCAGUAUGUGGUCGCAGAGGUGCGACAUUUCAGCCCCUACAGGAAGUUCAAGGUGAUCUGCUUGACAGUUUUGGCAGCAAUGCGCAUUUACUGCAAUUAUCGCCGUGCCAAGCCAGUUACCAAAGAAGUGAUCAAGAGCGACCCCUAUGCAGUAAAGCCUAUCCGCAAGCUCAUCGAUGCCUGUGCGUUCAAGAUUUAUGGACACUGGGUGAAGAAGGGCCAGACGCAGAACAGAGCUGCCCUGUUUGAGAACAGUCCAAAAGCUAUCUUGCUUUCUCUAGCAGCGGAAACAGAAGAUUCAUCUCUCCGAAUGAUGUAAUGUCAUAUAUGUAAAGCACACUACUGAAAACUGUAGAGGAUAGUAUGUUCAAGAAAUAGUUAAUACCUCAUGCUGCGUGACAGCGAUAUGAGAGCAAAUCUACACUUUCAGUUGCAUAAAUUGUUCCAACUUUUAAAUGCUGUUACUGAAACUGCACUGAACCUGGACACCUGAAGUUCUCAUGAUAAUUCAGGUCGUGUUUAUUUAUUCUAAUAUAUGAUAAAUUAUUGGAAAUAUUAAAACAAAACAAAAGUAUAAAA